CUAACAGUUUUAGUCUCUUUGGUUACCAUUAUUUUUGUCUUGGUAGAGGUUAGUUUCUUGAGAUUUUUGGUUUUUUCGCGGAUCUUCAUCGAACAUUUUUCAUAAUGUCUGUUUGGAAAAAAGCCUCUAAGGCUCAUCAAAAAGUUCAUGCCGAAAGGCAUCAACCCGAAGAACGUAAACAUUUGGGAAUAUUAGAAAAAAAGAAAGAUUAUAUCAAGAGAGCAAGAGAUAGGAACGAGAAGAAGGAAACUCUGAAGUUACUCAGAAAGAGAGCUCUGAAUAAAAAUCCCGAUGAAUUUUAUCAUCACAUGAUAAAUGCAAAGGUCGAUAGAGGAAUGCAUUUCGACAAAGAAACUGAAGACGAAGACACACCGGAACAAAUCAAGUUGAUGAAAACGCAGGACCUGAAAUACAUAAUCAAUAAGAGGAAUCAAGAACGCAAGAAAAUUGAGAAGUUGCAGGCACAAUUACAUUUGAUCAGUAUAGAUAUGGAACCAGUAAACAAACAUAUUUACUUCGAUAAAGAAGCUGAAAAAGCGGCUGAAAACAGAUUGAAUAAAAAUCUUUUGGACAAAGAACUCCCUGAUAUUGAUGAACAUGCUCUAAUUAAAAGUACAAACCAAAAGAAGCAUUUAUAUGAUGAACUGGCUAAAAGAAUCAAUAGGGAAAAGGAAUUGGCUGUCGUAGAACAAAAGUUAGAAAUGCAGAGACAUAUAGCUAGUAAAAGUAGUGUUUUACCCCCUAAGAAAGUCAAUAAAGGAGGUAGAUAUAGGGCUCCUGUGUAUGUUUGGCAGUAUGAAAGAAAAAAGUAGUUUGUUAAAUAACCUUUUUAUAGUCAUUUUAUAAAUCAUUGUAAAUAAAAUUGUUCAAACUGAA